AUGGGUAUAUUCGACAACUUUUGGGAUGACGUCGUGGCUGGUCCUCAACCUGAAGCCCGUGGCCGUGGCCAUCUCCGGCGAAUCUCCACCGGCUUAACUAGCUUGAACGAUAUCAAAGAUGGGACAACGGUAGGAGGAACUGCGUCUCUCCCGGCGAGUCCGGUUGCUCCGGUGACACCGGGAUCUGGCCGGAAAGUGGAUGUGUGGAGGAGUGUGUUUCAUCCGGCAAGUAAUGUGACCACAAGGGAGAUUGGUGCAAAUGUCUUUGACAAACCUUCUCCUAAUUCUCCCACUGUUUAUGACUGGAUGUACAGCAGCGACAGCAGGAGCAAGCACCGUUGA